GAGGAGGAGGAGGAUGAAGAUGAUGCAAGAUCAGGAUUGGCAGAAUGGCUAUUCACUCCAGAGCUUGGAGAAGUCGGCCGCCCCGGGGGAAGGAUGGAGGAGCUGAGCCGGGCUCUGGCCUGCAACUUUGCCGUCUCGCAGGACCUGAACAGCCCCGCGGCGCCCCACCCGCGCCUGGCCCAGUACAAGUCCAAGUACAGCUCCCUGGAGCAGGGCGAGCGGAGGCGGCGGCUGCUGGAGCUGCAGAGGACGAAGCGACUGGAUUAUAUAAACCAUGCUAGAAGGCUGGCAGAGGAUGACUGGAAGUACACGGAGGAGGAGGAGAAGGAGGAGGAGGAGGAGGUGGGAGAGAAAGCCGAUGCUGAUGGAAAUCAGGAAGACAUGGAGGUGGAGAUGGUGAAGAAGCUGCCCAGACAAUAUGCCAACCAGCUGAUGCUCUCGGAGUGGCUGAUCGAUGUCCCCCCGGAUUUAGAUCAGGAAUGGCUCUUCGUGGUGUGCCCUACAGGGAAGAGAGCUCUAGUGGUGGCGUCCAAGGGCACCACAGCAGCAUACACCAAAAGCGGUUACUGCGUCAAUCGGUUCCCUUCUCUUUUGCCCGGUGGGAACCGACAUAACUCAGCAACAGGGAAAGAGUACACCAUCUUGGAUUGCAUCUACAAUGAGAUUCAGCAGACGUACUACAUCCUUGACGUGAUGUGUUGGCGGGGACACCCUGUCUAUGAUUGUCAGACAGAUUUCAGAUUCUACUGGCUGCAUUCCAAAAUGCAAGAGGAGAGCGGCUUGGCGGAGAAGAGCCGGCUUAACCCAUUUAGGUUCGUGGGCCUGAAGAGCUAUUCCUGCAACCCGGCCAGCCUGUGUGAGGUCCUGGCGAUGACGUUCUCCUUCGAGGUAGACGGCCUCCUUUUCUAUCACAAAGAAGCUCAUUACAACCCUGGCAGCACGCCGUUGGUGGGCUGGCUGCGCCCGUACAUGGUGUCCGACAUCUUGGGCAUUGUCGUGCCCGCCUGCCCGCUCACCUCCAAACCUGGCUACGCGGGAGAGCAGCUGCAGCAAAGAAGUGGGAACAAGAGGAGUAAAAGCAAGCAGGAGGGCCCCGCGGACGAUCCCGCCUUGCAAGACGGCUGUUACGAACUGGAGCAUUUGUCCACCCCUCGAGCGGAGGCGUCGCGCCCCGUCCUGGAGGAUGGCACGUGCCAGAUGGACAACUGACUAAAGACCAGCAGGUGACCAGGAUCUGUCGAUAGGAGCCUCCCUCCACCCAGAUAGGAACCCCAUAUAUAUAUAUAUAUAUUUUGGGGGGACGGAGGGAACAAGCAUUUAGCGGGGAUGAGAAGCCUUUUCAAAGUAUUUCCCUUCGGAGGGUCUCGGCUUCUGUCCCACUGAAACGAUGCCGCGGUUUCUUCGGCUCAUCCUUUGAGAGUAGAGUCUGUCCAUGCCAACGGUUGAGCUUCUGAACGGAUUGGGGAGGAGUCGGGGCCAGCCUGGGGUUCCCGUUCUCAUGGGUCAGUCGACCCCCUUGGGUGGCUCGCUGCGCUGCAAAGGCGCUUUGCCAUGUGCUUCGAGGCGGGUUCGUUUCACCGGUGUCGGAUUCCAGGUUUUGAGAGAGGGGUGAAGUUUCAAAAAAGGCACAAAUUCAACAACACCUACGGGGGCC